AUGAUGGAGCUCCCCGUUUCAUGUUCCUGCUGCCUCGCCCCUUUGUGCUUCCAGGCUCUCUCUCAUCGUCCAUCUUUGCGCAACAUUGACCAAGAUCCAGACAAACAAAGACACAUGCCGGCAAUGUUCGGCCGCGGCCUGUGGCGAUCCCUGGCAGCAGCAGCACGGAACUUGAGAACCUUGGAACAUGGAGUGGGAACGUCGGCCAGCGGGUUCCCUUUUAGGGCGAUCGCGAUGCCGGCCAGCGAUCCACGGCCAGGCCCUCGAUGUCCGUCAGGCGAAGGUGCCAAGUUGGCACGCUUCGGCCCUGUCCACGCAAGCAGAAGGCGACCCUUGCAGUACUCGACUUAUACAGUCUCUGUACCUGCAACCGACGAACCGUUCCGACAGCUCCAGCUCCAGUGGAGUCUUACCGGUGAGCCUACAGCGCAGAUGGGCUCCCUCCGCAGCCCCCAAGAACCCUCCCAGGCGGCCCCCCAUGGAGCCCUACGGGGCACGCAGUCCACUAAGAGCCCGCUGCCAAUGGGGCUGCAGGUGCCGUUUGCAGUGGGAGACACCUACCGGACAUCGUCCAAAGGGGCUGUGCUGUGCUGUGCCUCACCUUGCAAGCUGCAAGCCACACAGCAUUUCCGCCACCCAACAAGCGACCCGGAUCUCGAACCUGCUCAAGCAUCUUCUCGGACCGUCUCUCGCUCGACUCUUUCAGCAGCACGAAUCCUGACAAAGUUCCAGUCGCCUUCCGCGGACGCCCAUCCCGCUUCCCGUUAGAUUGCGGCCCAACUGGCUGCUCGUAUGGACGCGCAGAGCUACUGACUGCUAGCAAAAGCAUGGACACGAAGCCCGAGGCCG